GAGUUAAGGCUAUAAAAAAGCAUUAGUAAAGCUUAUAGUUUGUCAGUCUUUCAUCGAUUCAAAUACUGUUGGUUUAUUUUGGUAUAAUAUAAUAAAAAACAAGCCAUCAUGCAACUCAUUGGAAGGGUUACCAUUAUCACACUUUGUGUUUUGGCUGCAUACUCUUUACCAUCGCUGACCGAAGCCUAUUUAGAAAAUGGGAAUGUAAUGCUUCCAGUUUUACUGUCACAAUUACAAAGAGCCACUGUCAAUCCUCCAGCACCGAACAAUAACACACACGACUUAUGUACUUCGAAAUUCAGCAAAGAUGUUACCAAAAUUAACAACGAUACUGUAAAUCAAACUCAACAGUGUUACAAAUCAGCUGACGCUACACUUGAAGAAUUUGAUGUUAAUGUUCUCAACAAAACUGUUGUCAAAGUAAAUGCACUGUCGAAAACAAUCCAAAUGACACUCGCAAACUGCUCGGCUAAGACUUCAAACAAAGAUUCAUUGAAUUGUUACCUCGAAACCUUUGAUAAAACUAUGGCUAAUUUAAAUAACCUCACAAGCCAAGCUCAAGUUGCAGCUAGUUCAAUUAUUGAUGUUGAAUAUUCAGCUGAGAUUGAAGCUAAAAUUUGUGUCAAUCAUGCUCUUGUUGGAAGCAAAAUUAAUUCGAGUAUUGCUGCAAAUGACUUGCAGGUUUGCUUGAGCAACAUAUCCGUUGUUGGUGGUAGGGAUGCCUUGAGAACGGCUCUAAAAACUGUUAACGUCUUCACUUUGAAUUGAUAUUUAUGAUCAAAAAAUAAAAAGAAUUUUCAAAGCAAUGUUAUUUCAUUA